UGUCGUGUAAGUAAGUUUGUUCUCUGUGCCAUGGAUUUAACAACUUUCCUCUGUUUUUUCUUUUCCACAUAUGUUUUGGGAUUUGUUUCUGCUCUCGAUGACCAAAAACAAGUGGUAGAAGCUGGAGAGAAUGCACUACUGUUGUGUCGCGAUUCCAGUAUUGGCAAAGUGGAAAAGUUAUCAUGGAUCAGGAGUGAUCUGGGAACCAAUAUGCACGUGUUCUUCUACCGAGAAAAUCGCCUCUAUGAAAACAUUCAGCAUCCAUCCUUUCGUGGCCGAGUGAAGCUGAGUGAUCCACAAAUUAACAAUGGAAAUGUGUCCCUCAUUCUCUUCAACACCACCCCUAAUGACACUGGAACAUAUGAGUGUUAUGUAGUAGGCACUCGUGAAGAACGCCGUAAGAGAGCAGUUUCUGAAGCCCAGCAUGUAGUGCAGCUGAAAGUUAAAUCUAUAAGUCAGCCACAAGGACUCACAGGGGAUGGAUCUGUUGGACUGAUGGUUGGUCUGUCAGUUUCUGCUGGGAUUCUUCUUGCUGCUGUUGGUGGUUUUGUGAUCUACAGAAAACUUGGAAAUUCAAAUGAUCAGGAAACUGGAAAGAUGACAAAGUUCAACCUCCUCUCCUAUUAAAUAGUGUAAUACAUGAUUUCUGAUUUUCAGUUGUCCUAAAACAGAGUUGACGCUAAUGUUCUCUGUUGUUCUCUCAGCCCACUGAGAGGAAAAGCACAUCUUUAUUGUCUCAGCUAUAGCCAAAAGUACUUAGUGGUGAAAUAAGUUUCUCCCUUUGGCUGUCAUUCUUCCCCUGAUGUGACUGUCAUUUUGCUCAACUUGUAAGUAAUGUUAUCUUGUAAGCUUUUCAUUCUGAGAAAUUAAAAGCUAAUACCAGUUUUGUGCAUUGGA